AUGUUCGAAAUUCCCCUGGCCCUACUCACAAAAGAGCAUGGUCGCAAACAUAAGAAGAACGUGCAAUCGAUAGUUGCGAAAGGGUUACAAGAGAAGUCGCCCGACCAACGGUUCCACUUAGCCAAGAUGCAUCCCAGCUUUCGCAAAAAUGUUCGGUACGGAAGUACCAGUGUAAAGAUCAGAAACCGAAGAAGGGACAAACAAUGCGUGGAUUCCACGCGGACCCCGCUAUACCGCAAGCCUUCAGGCGCCUCUAUGGUCGACAAGCCUAGCCCGUACGAGAUUGGCCAAGAAUUCGGAACGCUUGCCGGUCCGGCAUCAAGACGAGAUCUGAUUGGUCGACAAUCUGGACCCAACAGCCAAUCAU